CCCCGUCUGCAUCUGUCCAUGAGCCACGGCUGCCCAGAACCCCUGCCCUGAGCCUCUUUUCUCCUCGCAGCCUGACCACGCGAUGACCAGGUGGGCUCUGCUGGUGCUGAUGAUCCUGACGUCGGGCAGGGCCCUGCUUGUCCCCAUGACCCCUAUUCCAGCCUUCCAGCUCCUCCCUCAGAACCCUCCCCAAGCCACUCCCCACCCUGUGGCCUCAGAGAGCCCCUCAGCCAGCACCGUGGGCCCCUCCACUGCUUGGGGCCACCCCAGCCCUGGCCCCCGCCCAGGCCCCCGCAUCACUCUCUCACUGGAUGUCCCCAUUGGCCUCCUGCGGAUCUUACUGGAGCAAGCCCGAGCCAGAGCUGUGAGGGAGCAGGCCGCUGCCAACGCUCGCAUCCUGGCCCGUGUUGGCCGCCGCUGAGCCUGAGGGCGGGGGUCACCCUG